UUAUCUGCUUUAGAUUAGCUGCAAAAAAUAAAAAUUAAAUUUGCUUUGUAAUUAAUUAUAAAAACUUACUAGAAUUAUUACGGCCCUGUACCACGCAGCGCACGCGUUUCAUCUACAAGCACUAACACAGUUACAUGUACUGUGUUGUGACGGACUGCGCAAGUUCGGAAAGAAUCUCCCGGUUGUCUGUACAUAAUAUUGAGAGCACAUGUUUGUAAACCUCGAAACACGUUUAUUUUUAAUUUUUUUGAGUGAAAUAUAAAAAUAUAAAAGUGACGUUUAACAGAUUUUAAUUUAUUAAAAAUGGAUAAUACGACGGUGUCAUGUACAAUUUGUGGACAACUUCUGCGCAAUGAAACUCCAAUACGAACUGUUCAGGCCAAAGGAUUGGCAAAUUUAAUUAAUAACAGUAAAAUUAGACUUGAUGAUAAAUGGAAAUUGUGGGAUGGAAAAAUUUCAUACGAUUUCCAUGAAAAUUGUGUUAAAUCAUAUUCUCGUUUGAGAUCGUCUGACAUACCUCGAAAAAAACCGAAACUGGAGAAACCUCGUGAACUCAACUUACCACCAUCAUCAUCAUCAACAAUACAAGUACCAGUAACGAUACCAGUACCAGUAUCUUCUUCAGGUAUAAACUCGACGACAUCAUCAAGCUUAAAUUUCGAUUACAAAAAUCUUUGUAUAUUUUGUGGCAAAAAUUGGGAUAAAGCUCAUAAAAUAGGACAUGUUAUUAAAAAUAGCUAUUUUUCUGAUAGAAUUCUUGAAAUUGCUGAUCGGGACUAUGAUGAUACGACGUUUUUAUUGAAAGAAAGAUUACGUGCUACUGAUUUAGUUGCAGUUGAAGCCAGAUAUCACAAAAAAUGCUAUGAUUCUUUUAUGAAUCCUCCACUUAAAGAACCAAGAACAUCAUCAAAUAUUCACGAAGAUGCUGCAUUCCAAGAAGUUUGUGACCAUAUUGAAAAAAGUAAUAAUUUUAGAUUUAAAUUAUCCGAUUUGCGCAAAAUCAUGGGUGAUAAUUUAAUAAAUCCGGAUAAGUUAUUUAAAAAACUACAGCAAAAGUACGGUUCUGAAAUAAUGGUUACCCGGAGUCAGGGUAGAGAACCUGUUGUUUACUAUAAAUCUUUUAAUAUUGCUGGUGUGUGUAGUGAUUGGUUUUGUGCUAAUGAUAACUUUGAUGAACUACAAAAGAGAACAAUUUUGACUGUCGCAUCAGAAAUCCUUAAAGCUGAAAUAAAGGAUUUUCGAUAUGAGAAAGAUCGUUACCCUGCAAGCAGCAGCUUUCUUAAUGGUGUCAUUCAGGAUAUCCCUCCACUCCUAACAUAUUUUCUUGGUGAUUUACUAUCUACUGACAAUGACAAAGAAAAUUGCAUUAAACGUGAUAAUAUUGCUCAUUCAAUUGUGUCAAUACUCCGACCAAACAGUUUUAUUUCUACUUUACAAUUAGCUCUUGGCACUUAUAUUUACAGAAAAACUGGUUCACGACUAGUAAUUGAUGUUUUAUCUAAAUUAGGAAUCAGUGCUUCUUAUCACAGUAUUCAAUUGCAUGAAGCUUCAACGAUAAAAGAUCCUCCAGAGUUUCGAAUCACCGAAGAAACUUUUGUACAGUUCGUGUAUGAUAAUACAGACCAUAAUACAAGCACAUUAGACGGGAAAAGAACUUUUCAUUGUCUAGGAGGCAUUGCGUGUUAUACUCCUGAGUCUGGAAUUUCAUAUGAAGGUGGUUCCAAGAAAUUGAAAAAAAUGCCCACUGCGUCGGAAUUAGCAUCAGAGAAAACGAUACCAAUAAUACCUUAUGGAGCUUUUAAUUCCACAGCGUUAGACACGGUAGUUUUUGUUAAUGUCAAUAAAUUACAACUUGGUUCUCGACCACAACUAUCACAAUCGUAUGCUACUUAUUUAUGGGCAAAAAAAUUUAAGAUUCCUAAUUUACCAUCAUGGAGAGGCUUUAUGGAAGUUGUAUGUUGUGAUUCAGAAUAUUUCGUUUCCAGCAUCUUGUGUCUGCCAUUCAUUAAUGAGCCUCCUUCUAAGUUAACUACUCUUAACACCGCUUUACACUAUUCCCGUGAAGAAUGUAAUCGAAGGAAUCAAAAAACUUGUUUUGUAACAUUUGAUCAACCACUCUACUGGAAAUCGCGAAGUAUUGUUGCAAACUCAACUACAUUGCCAAAUGUCGUUGUACGGUUAGGUGGCUUUCAUAUGAUUCUGUCGUAUUUGGGGUCGAUUGGGUACAUCAUGGACGGAAGUGGUCUAGAAGAUUUGUGGGGCGUAGUUUAUGCUGGUGAAUCUGUGAAAAAAAUGAUGUCUGGUCAUGCUUAUUCAAGAGCUAUACGUGCGCACAUUCUAACAUUUACUGCUCUGGGUAUUACGAUUUGUAAUACUAUAAAUUUGGACAAAGGCUUUGAACAAUUUCUUAUAAAUUUUUUUAAAGACUGGGAUACUAAUCCUCCGUUCAUGAGUCAUCACAAUUCUGAUCGCACUAUUAAUGAUAUGAUGAAUAAAUUUAUUGAAAAGUUGAAUGUACUGGAAACAAUUGGGCCUACUGCUAAACUAUGGAUUCAAUAUAUGAAGGCUGUAAUCAUUGCACUGCAAUUUAUUGAAGCUGAGCGAUUGGGUGACUGGAAAUUGCAUUUACAAGCUGUUCGCGAUAUGUUGCCAUAUUUUCAUGCAUCAGGUCACUUUGCGUAUGCUAAAAGUGCACAAGUUUAUUUACAAGACAUGGUUCAGUUAGAGUCACAAAUGGAUGAUGAAGAAUAUUAUAAGUUUACAUCGGAAGGUUUUUUCACAAUUCGUAGGACUGAUAAGGCCUGGUCUGGUGUAUGGAGUGAUAUGACCAUCGAACAAACUCUGAACCGUUUUUUCGGAACUGAUUUGAAACAUGGUCGAGGUGUUACACCAAGUGUUGUAACUAGAUAUUUACUUGCAAUGCCAACAGCAUUCAAUAUAAUGAAUUGUUUAGAAGAGUACUGUAAUUUAUCGUCCUACACAAGUGAACAACAUAUUGACUUAUGCAAAAGUCGUAUGAAUCAAGAUAACGAGGAUAUUGAUAGAUUUGUCUUUUGGUUUAAUGAACAUGCUCCAUUUAAAGAUAGAUCAUCACUUGUUUCAUUAUCAACUGGAAUUGUUGGUGGAGAUAAUAUAGACUGUCAUUUAGCCGUGGAAAAAGGUUUAAAAGGGAUGGCAUCUAUGGAGGAUAAGAAUGGAGAUAAUAUUUCUUUAUCUAAUGUUAAUAAGGUAAAAAAUUUAGGUGCUGCUAAAAAUAAAGUGCAUAUUGGUGAUGAAGAAUAUGUCGCUGUGGACGCCUCUCUACUAUUUCAAAGAAUAUCUAUCGUAAUUCGGGGUAAUACAGACCUCACACGUACUGCAUUACGGUAUGAGCUAUCACCAUAUCCUUUGAGUUUGUUUGAUAAACAUGGCUUUAUGAGAAAAACACCAAAAAGUGAGUUAUACAAAGUUUUCAAGAGCAUAAACAUACAAAAUCCUGUUGAAUUCAUAAAUCAUCAUAUUCCUGUCAUUGAUGGAGGUUGGUUACUGCACCAAGUUUCGUGGCCUCAUGGUUAUAAGUACGUGCAAAUUUUUGAUAUAUAUUUGAGAUACAUAAAAAGUCACUUUGGAACAAAUGCCUUCAUUGUUUUUGAUGGAUACGAUAAGGAUAAUAUCGGUGUAAAAUCAUAUGAAAGAUUUCGACGUAAGGAAAAAAAUAUGGCUGCUGAUUUAGACUUUACUCCUGAGAUGUUAAAUCCUUUGACUAAAGCUAAAUUUUUAUCUAACAUUGCUAACAAAAAGAAAUUUGUAGAUUUUCUAACAUCUUUUUUAAAAUCUAAUAAUAUAAAUGUUCAAAUCGCUCGUGAAGAUGCUGACGUACUCAUUGUUAAAACAGCAAUACAAAUAAAAGAAAGAACUAAUAAUCCAGUGAUUGUCAUUGGAAAUGAUACUGAUUUAUUUGUGAUAAUGAUUGCUCUUACUCCAGAAUAUUCAAAUUUAGAUUUUUGUAAAGUUUCUAGUGGCAAGAAACCGUACACAUUUUACUCAACCUCUGCUCAUAUUAAAAUGAAAUCAUUUAUAUUAUUUGCUCAUGCGUUCGGAGGGUGUGAUACGACAAGUGCUAUAUUCAGAAAAGGCAAGAAAUCUAUCUUGAAUUUGCUACAAAAGGAGGAAGCUUUACAGGAUGCAUGCCAAUGCUUUUAUUACGCUCACAGCACUACUGACACAAUCUAUGAAGCAGCUGAACAAUUUAUUUUUAGUUUAUAUAAACAGAAUAAAUCCACAAAGGCAGCUUCCAUUGAUCAAUUACGAUAUGAUUUAUUUACAUCAACAGUAGCACACGCAAAAAAAGAACUAUCGCUAGCAGUUUUACCACCAACUCCAUCAUCACUGCGUCAACAUGCAUACCGUGUAUUUUAUCAAAUUCAAGAAUGGUUGGGUAAUGAGUUGAAUCCAGAGGAAUGGGGGUGGAAAAAGACAACCACUAUGAUGCUUCCUAUCACCAAUACUGAUGAUCCAGCUCCAAAGGACUUGUUAAAUCUGAUUAGCUGUGGGUGCACAGGUGACUGUACCACAGCUCGGUGCACGUGCAAAAAAACUGGAUUACGUUGUACUCAAUUAUGCAAAAAUUGUAAUGAUAACAGCUGUCAUAAUAUUACAUUAAAAGUUGGGAUUGAACGAGAUGAAAAUUAUGAUGAUAAUGAUGAUGUAAAUGAUCAGGAUAUGGAUCCAGAUGUAGCUGAGCGAACAUACGAAUUUGAACAUUCAGACAAUAGUUCUGAUGAAAAUGAAGACUUAUAUAAUCAAGAGGAAGAGAUUAAUUUUAUUAAUUUCUAAAAGAAUUAUA